AUGCUCGCAAAGGGGGUGCGGGUUCCGGAUUCACCACCCCCACCGCCACGGCUGGUCGACCAGCCACUUGUUCGAAAGCUCCUGGAAGCAGGCGGCACCGUCAUCUCGGAGAAGACCGCGUUCUCCUGCCUGGUCAAGCACGCGUGUGGCACCCGGGUAACCAAGUUCUAUCGCAGCGGAAUCCGCCGCUCCGAAGUCGAGGCAAUCCGCUUUGUUUCGGAGCAUACCAGCAUCCCGGUUCCGCGUGUCUACGAUGUUGGGGACCAGCACUUUACGAUGGAGUUCAUUGAGGGCGAGACGCUUCCGGCUGCGUGGGACCGCUCGCUUUCAGCACAGGAUAGGGCCCUGGUUAUCCGGCAGCUCAGGGACUAUAUUGGCCAGCUACGCGCCCUCAAGAGCCCCGACGGCGUUAUCUGCUCCUUUGGCGGCCGCCCAGCUGCGUUUAACGACUUCUUGGUCUCGGAUAUCGUCGGCCAUGCGAAGGUCCGCGACAUGAUCCGCUCGCAGAUGCGUGCCGACCACGAGAUUGUCCUCACACACGGCGACCUGCAUGGGAUCAAUAUCUUGGUGCGGCCGGGGAUCGGCGUGGUGGCUAUCGUCGACUGGGAGUUGGCCGGCUACUAUCCCGAGUACCUCGACCUGCUCAGGCUCUUCCGCACGCCUGACUGGUCGUGUGGCUACUACAGCGCGCUUCUCGAUAUCUUCCCGAAGAGCUACGACGCUGAGUUUGUGGUCGACCAGGCCAUCACCCACUGGAGCGGGCACUGA